GUCUGAUGACAUUACUUCUUUAUGUGGUUUGCAUUUGGCCUCUUCAGCUUCUUGAAUCCUUCAAUGGCGUCUUUUAAGUCGUCCCCAUCUUCAUCAUCGUCUGUACCAACUUUAAGAUGGACACAUGAUGCGUUCCUAAGCUUUAGAGGCGAAGAUACUCGCAACAACUUUAUAGAUCAUCUUUAUGCGGCUCUAGAUCAAAGAGGACUACAUGUGUUCAAAGACGAUAAGGCGCUUCAUAAAGGGAAAGCAAUCUCUCGAGACCUGCUGGAAGCCAUUAAAGAAUCGAGGUUUGCUGUGGUUGUUUUCUCUAAAAAUUAUGCCGGCUCCUCUUGGUGUUUGGAUGAGCUUGUGAAAAUCAUGGAAUGCAAAGAUCAAAUGGGACUGAUGGUGUUACCGGUGUUCUAUCACAUUGACCCAUCUGAUGUACGCCAACAGAAAAGAGACUUCGAUACUGCUUUUCAGCAACACGAUGACAAGUUUAGGGGAGAGAUGGAUCAAGUGAACAAGUGGAGGAAAGCUUUAGCUGCAGCUGCCAGUUUAUCAGGCUGGCAUGUCAAGGAAACAGGCAGUGGGGGCGAAUCAUCUGUCAUCACAGAGAUUGUUGCGGAGAUCUUAUAUGGUACAAAAUCUCAUGGCAUGGAGAAAAAGCUAAUUGGGAUAUUGGGAAUGGGAGGAAUUGGUAAGACAACUAUUGCCAAAGCUUUAUUUCGAAGAAUUGCCCAUAAUUUUGAGUGUAGUAGCUUUGUUAGAGAUGUUAGAGAAAAUAGUUCUAGUAAAAGAGAUAUAUGUGCCUUACAAGAAAGGGUUCUAAGUGAAAUUCUAAACACAAGUCAGCGGUUUUUUGUUAAUGAUCCUGAGGAUGGAGCCUACAUGAUACAUCAACGAUUUUGCAAAAAUAAGCGGCCUUCCUCUAGCCCUAGAAGUUUUUGGUGCAUUCUUCCAUGGAAGAGAGAUGUUUAUGAGAAAAAAGUAUUCCUAGACAUUGCAUGUUUUUUCAAGGGAAAAGACAAGGAACAUGUAAUGGGUUGGCAAAUAGUUCGUGAGAGAUUCCUGGAUAGCAGACUAUGGCAACUUGAACAAAUCCAUGAUUUGGCCAAGGGAAAGAAGAAUCCAGAAGCAAUUGAAGCCAUAAUGUUGAUGGACAAUGAAUACCUUGUCGAAGACUAUGAUGCAAAGUUGGGUUUAAGUGCUGAUGUUUUUGGACGCAUGAAAAAUCUUCGGCUACUUGAUAUUGAUGGGAAAUUCACUUCUACCCAACCUACAUUUCUUCCUGAUGAGUUGCGAUGGCUUCGUUGGAAUGAUUACCCAUUCUUGUUUCUGCCAUUGGGGGAUAUGUGUAAGCUUGUUGGGCUUAAAAUGGAACAUGGAUCAGACAUCAAACAUUUAUGGGAAGGCCGAAAGAUUCUACCAAACUUGAAAUUCAUUCACCUCGAAAGCUUGUGCAAACUCACAUCAUUUUCCAGAUGUCUCUGGGGCCCCAAAUAUCGAGAGGUUAACUUUGUCAAAAUGUUGGGGAUUGGAGGAGGUUCAUGA